AUGGCUUCUUUUCUCAACACCACCUUUGAUGAUGAGGAGUCAGAGACCGAGUUUAAUCCAGGCGCAGAACAAGGCUCGGAAAAUGAAGGAUCAGACAACGAAGACACCAAAGUACAACCUUCUCGUAAAGUCGAACGCGCAUCGCCUGUGCCAGAAGCAAAUGGCUCGAGACCAAAACAAAGAGAUUCUCCUGUCAACGACUUGAAGGACGAUGACGAAGAUGAUAACAACGGCGAAGACGACGAAGGAGAGGGUGAAGAUCUACAAGAUGGCGAUGACGAUGAAGAGGACGAAGAAGAGGAGGACGAAGACGACGAGGAUGCACUUGUUGGCAGGCCGAAGAAACGAAGGAGAAGGGGCCUCAAUCAGUUCAUCGAAGAAGAGGCUGAGGUCGACGAAGACGACGACGAACUUGAAGCUGAUGAGGACGAUAUCGCCGAGACCGGCUUCAUUCAAGAUACUCAUCCUGACGAUGACUUAGGCGCUGAUGUCGAGCAAGAUGAUAGGAGACACCGAGAACUCGAUCGUCAACGCCAGCUCGAACAAUCUAUGGACGCCGAAGCACAGGCUAAUAGAUACAAAGAAAGAUAUGGUCGGCGAACAACAACUGGUUUGGCCAAAGGCUCCUUCGUACCCCAAAAUCUGCUCAUGCCUAGUGUGAAUGAUCCCAGUAUUUGGUCUGUUGCGUGCAAGCCCGGAAAGGAGAGAGAAACAAUCGGUUUCAUCAUGAAGAGACAGAUCGAGAGGUCAAAGAUGGGCAAACCUCUGAGAAUCUGCUCCGCUUUUGAACGUGGAGGCACAACCUCGUCCAUGGCUGGCAUGAUCUUUGUCGAGGCAAGAAGAGUCGACGACAUGAAAGAGGCCCUGACUGGCGUGCCUAACGUAUACAUGAGCAAGAUAACCAAGUUUCCCCUCAACGAGAUGCCCGAUCUACUUCGUGUUAGAAAGACGAAGCAAUUGGAGAUUGGAGGUUACGCUCGUAUCAGGAAACAGGGAGUUUACUUCAACGACCUUGCCGUUAUUGAGGAGGUCGAGGACAACGGUCUCGACGUCGUUGUUCGUCUCGUCCCUCGUCUUGACUAUGGCCUCAACGAGGACGAUAACAAACCGACCAACCCUGCCGAGAAGCGAAAACGAAAUGCUUUUGCCCCAGCUGCCACUCCUCUCGUUCGACCUCCUCAAAGAUUGUUCAACGAGAACGAGGCAAAGAAAAAGCACUCUCGCUUUCUUACGCAGAACAGGGCUCUCAGCGGUCGUAGUUGGAUCUACAAAAAUGACACAUACGAGGAUGGUUAUCUCUGGAAGACUUUCCGAAGGUCUCAGCUGCAAACAGAAAACGUCGAUCCGAAGCUUGAAGAAGUCACCAAGCUUACUCGGCAAGCGGCUGACGGUUCUGAAACACUAGACAUUGAGCAGAUUGCAAAAGAUCUCAAGAACUCGACCGCCGAAGGCAAUUACGUGCCAGGCGACGAGAUUGAAGUAUACAAAGGGGAGCAGAGAGGCCUGGUAGGCAGGGUAGAAGGCGUAAGCGACAGAAUUCUACGUGUCAAGGUCAUCCAAGGUGAACUCGCAGGUCAAGUCAUUGAGCAACCUGUAAGUGAUGUGCGAAAACGCUUCAGAGAAGGUGAUCACGUCAAAGUUAUCGGUGCUAGCAAAUAUGCUGGUGAGAUUGGUAUGAUCAUCAAAAUCAAAGACGACAGAGUCACCAUCAUUACCGACACUAGCAACCAGGAGAUUACUGUUUUCAGCCGAGACUUGAGAGAGGCAGCGGAGGCAGGUGGCACUGAGAUCAAGUCCCAUAUGUUCGACGUGCAAGACUUGGUCCAGCUCAAUGCAACACAAGUCGGAAUCGUCAUCAGAGCGGACCUUGAGGCUGUUCGCAUUCUCGAUGAGAACUCUUCUGUCGUGACUCGCUUGCCAACUCAACUACAAAAAGUCGAACAAAAGAAAAAUGCAGUUGCCACUGACCGAAACUCGGCAGAAAUUCGUGUUGGUGACACGGUUCGAGAGUCAGGUGGAGAAGGCAAGACUGGUCGUAUCUUGCACAUACAUCGUGCACAUCUCUUCCUGCAUGACCGAGAGCGCAUGGAAAACUCAGGCUUGUGGACGACUCGCUGCAUGAACGUCGUUACUAUUGCCUCGAAAGCGAACAUGACUCAGUCUGGCCCAGACCUGACCAAAAUGAACCCUAUGCUCAAUGGUCAACGAGCGCCAGGCGCCAUGGCGCCACCACCUCAAGUCGGCCGUGACAGACUCAUCGGUCAAACUGUACACAUUAGGAAAGGACAUUUCAAGGGUCAUAGAGGAAUUGUCAAGGAUACCCAAGGCGAAGUCGCCAGAGUCGAACUUCAGUCUAAGAACAAGGUUAUCAACAUUCCCAAAGUUGACCUUGCAGUCGUUGAUCGAAACACGGACAAGACCAUCGACUACAACACCUUUGCACACUCGAGAGGCCCUGCUUUUCCCCUUCGAACUGGCACUGGUGCGACCAAUGGUUCGAGGGUGCCAGAUUCAGGAUUUCAAGGAGGUCGCACGCCGCAGGUUGGCAGUGCAACCCCAAUGUGGGGAAGCUCAUCUCGAACGCCAGCUUGGAAUGGCGCUGGAUCCGCGAUGGACUCAAGGACUCCUACCUGGAAGGCCUCAGGCAGUGCAACAACCUAUGGAGGUUCGGGCAAUAUGACCAGCUAUGGUGGUCCAGGCAAUUACGGCACGAACAACAGUAGCAAUCGCACACCGGCCUGGUCAUCUAGUGCGAAGACACCUUAUUCUAGCGAUCAUGGUUACGGCUCAUCAUCAGGUGGAUACGACGCGUUUGCGGCAAGCUCGCGCACGCCUUUUGCAGGAGGAGCAUCAUCGAGAACGCCAGCGUACAACAGUGGUAUGACGGAGAAUACGUCAGCAAUUUCAGCACCUACCCCAAGCGGAUUUGACAGUUCAGGGGGCGGAUAUACCUCUUAUGCAGCCAAUGCACCUACUCCAGGUGCAGGUUUCGGAUCAGGUCCUGUUGAUGCACCAACACCUGGCAUGCCUAGCUACGCUAAAGCUUCGAAUCAAAUUCCACUGAAGCAUAAUAGACUUGCUGCUGCAGCAGCGACGCCAGGAGCCACAUACGAUGCACCUACACCAGGAGGUCCAAGAUAUGCUGAAGAUGAUGACGAUGAUUAG